AUGACAGAUAUCGAAAAUAUCGCGAACCUCAUCAAAAGCGGCCAGGUGCACAAGAUCGUCGUGCUUGUUGGCGCAGGCAUCUCCACCGCGGCCGGCAUACCCGAUUUCAGAUCGCCCGAGACUGGCAUUUAUGAUCGGCUCAAGCCCCUUAAACUGCCCUAUCCAGAAGCCAUCUUCCACAUCAACUACUUCAGCCAUACCCCCGAGCCCUUCUACGCCAUCGCGCGUGCCAGGCAUCCUCGCGCCCUCAAACCGACCAUCACCCACGCUUUUCUCGCUCUUUUAGAGAAGAAGAACCUUCUCCAUUUUGUGUUCACUCAGAACAUAGACGGACUGGAGCGGGAUGUCGGUGUCCCGGAAGACAAGAUCCUCAAUGCACACGGGAGCUGGCGGAAUCAGCGCUGCUGGAAGUGCCAGACUCCCUAUCCAGAUGAUUUGAUGAAGCAAGCAAUCAGCACAGGCACUGUCCCUUAUUGUCAAGUCCCUAACUGCGGGGGAGCAGUAAAGCCCGACGUGGUGUUCUUCGGACAGUCUCUCCCUGCGGAGUUCGAGGUAAAAGAAAAGGAAGUAUCCGAGGCUGACUUGAUGCUUGUGAUGGGGACCAGUUUAAAGGUUGCCCCGUGCUCGAGACUGCCGCCUUUGGCCCGUGAAGGCGUUCCACGGGUGCUUGUCAAUCGCGAGAAGGUAGGAGACUUUGGAAAGCGGGCGGAUGAUGUGUGCAUCUUGGGUGAUUGCGACGAGGGGGUGCGCAAACUGGCGGAUGCCCUUGGUUGGACUGAGGAGAUGGAGUCUCUGUGGAAGGAGGCCAUUGCGGCCAAAGAAGCAGCACAGGAGGAUUGGGGAGAGGAGGAGAGUCUGGAUGAGUUGAUCGACAAAUACGCGAAGACGCUGACGGAUGCAAGGAAGAUUUCUGAUGGGCAUAAACGAAUGUUGGAGAACCACCUGGAGAAUAAGUUUGCCGGUGUCCUCAACAAGAGCAGAUAG